UCAAAUACAAUAACAGGGUCGAAAAACAUGAUUAAUUCAACCCAUUUUGGCUCAAACCCCAUGUGGACUGUGAAAUGAUCAGAGUCUACAUCACACAGCAGGUUGUAGUGCUGUGACAUCACAGCUGCCUGGUCGGGACAUCUGGGCAGCGCGCGGAGCUGGGAGGGAGGGUUCGCGCUCUGUGAUUGGCUGAGCAGCGCUACGUGUACAUCUGUCAGCUACAGGUAGCCCACAUGUGACAGUUAUCUGAACGGGUGUGUGUGUGUGUGUGUGUGUGUGACGCCGCUGCCUCUUGCCGCUGCUGUCCGCUGCUGUCUGCUCCUUUACUUGGCAUGAUGGUGCUGUGAACGAGCGGCUGCGUGAUGACGACCUCUCUGUGAGAACACCGAGGAGGAGGAAAGUCAGCUCAACUUCCAAGGCUUGUUGAAACUUUAAGAUCUCCAUUGUCAGAGGUGAAGGAGGAAGCAGGAUGAAGUCCAAAGGGAAGGCUGUGAAAGCAUCCAGGAGGACCUGGUCUGACCCCGAGCCAGAACUUGAACCAGAUACAGAACCAGGCUCCAGUGAGCAGGAGGGCUCAGAGGCAUCCGUCCGGAUCGGUGGCUCCUGGAGGGGGUCGCUCAGGGGUGGGGACGGCAACCGCAAAGCGGGCGGAGGCAGGCGACGCAGGACACACGGCUCCAGCAACAAGGAACGCAGCGUCCGGCGGCUGGAGAGCAACGAGCGUGAGCGCCAGCGCAUGCACAAGCUCAACAACGCCUUCCAAGCUCUGCGCGAGGCCAUCCCCCACGUCAAGAUGGACAAGAAGCUGUCCAAGAUCGAGACUCUGACCCUGGCAAAGAAUUACAUCAAGUCCUUAACCACCAUCAUCCUGGACCUGUCAGGGGCCUGCCAACCUGCUGGCGGGGCCGCAUCGGAGGCCAGCGCCGCCAAGCUUCUCCAGUGCUACCAACAGACCCUGGAGGAGGACGGGGAGGACGAUCUCACCCAGUACCUCACCCAUGUGCACAACUUGAGCCAGCGCAGCUAACAGUGGCUGCAAGGUGGUUUGGAGACCAGGAGAGCCACCAGGAGGCCAUCUCUGAAGAGUGGGUAGACAUUGAGGGCCAGAUCUCAACCGGAACGGGGUGCCUGUUCCAGAUCAUAGACCUCUGACAAUAAACCCACAGCACCGUAGCAAGAGAACUUCAUCCAAAUAUGGCAUUUGAGGAAAGAGCAGACUCAGAGACUGCAGACUGAAAACCAGAUGUGUUGAAUGAAGAGUGAAAUUUGUUCUUGUGCUCAGAAAGGAAGGGCUAAUCUUGCGCAAUUCUAUCUUCUUUUAUUUUUUUUUGUCCUCAAUGGUUCGAACCCGAGCAGGAACUUCUUCGUCCUCUCUCGUGUUAUCUUGCCAUCUUCUUGUGUUUUUCUUGUCUGUUGAGAAACCUGCUCGACGUAGCCUCUAGUCAUAACUGUCCUCAUAACAUCAUUGAAGAAAAAAGAAAGGCAAGCAGCGGGCUUAAAUAUUGAAAUUCUGAAGGUAUAAUAUGUGUUUGCAUGUUUGCUCAGAUGAGAACACAAUGAACCCGUCUUGUGUGUGUGUAGCUUGAAGGCCCAGAUGAUGUUUAAAGUGUGUGUUGUUUGACUUUUUGUUUCUCAAGGCAGAACGUUGUAGUUAGGAGGAAGAAGGGAGGGGAUGCUAUUUGAGGGGUUAUUAUCAAUAAACACGUUUAUUUAUUGA